AGACAUGCUUACAAUCUUUUGCAUUUAAUAUAAUCAGAGCAAAGUAUGAUUACCAAUCAUGUCUCAGCACUUGCCCUACCACUUGCAUUUCGAAAAAACAUUGGAAAGAAAUCAUAUGGAACGUCUUCGUUAUCUUUGGUGCAAUGCACAUACUGUUUAAUGAAAUCUCUGGCGGUGGCUCGUACUGAUUGGAACAGUAAGAGACUCAUAACGUUCAAAUCCAAGCAGAACUUGUACGCAGUUUUGGGAGUGAACAAAGAUGCGACUACUGAUGACAUCAAACGAGCUUUUCUGUCUAGAAGCAAAGAGUUACAUCCUGAUCGAAAUCCAAGCAGAAAAUCGCACACUGAAUUCGUCAAACUCAACGAAGCUUAUUCGACCUUAAAAUCGUCUGACAGCAGAAAUCAGUACGAUAUUUUGAUGGGAUUCAACCGGUCGUCUCAAUUUCACUCUUCGCCAUAUGGAAGUUAUUCUGGAGGUGCUUCGAAAGCGUACUAUGAAAGCUAUAAUACAUCGACAGGAAAAAAAGAAUGGAAAUUAUACGAAGAGUUUAACCCGAAAACAUACCACAACAGAACUGCUCGCGAAAACGAGUUCAGAAAUAACUUCUACAAAAAUUACGGCAGAUAUCGAGAGAACACGAGUUCGAAUCAAUCUCGGGAAUCUAAAUUGAGACAGCAAAAUAAGGAAAUUACGGCAUGGUACCUCAUAACAGCUUGCUUCCUCUUUCUCUUCACAAUUGCUUCAUCAGUCGCACAAAACCGCAGUAGUCGCUUCAGAGAGAUCGAUUACGACCGACUUAUGUCCAUAGAACAACUGAGGGAACAAGACAUGAAAAAUUCAGACACAAUUCCUGAAAAUCAAGGGCCUAAAAGGAGAAGAUUGAGGACAGAAUUUGCUAGCAGAGAUCACAAAGAGAAUAGUUUGAAUGAAAAGAGUUAAACUAACCGAUAGAAGUAUUAUUUUAGUAGAAAUUAGAAUUUCAAUUUGAAA